UUCACCACCGAGGAGGGGGUUGGCUGGAUCCGGGCUGAGGAUGUCGCCAACAUCCGCGCCGACACCCUUACGAGCUGGAACCUGCUGCAGCCUACCAUCGCCAUCAUCCCUACUGGCAGGCCCGUGAAGGUCACCCACCCCAAGAUCCACCUCGUUCCAUACUCCGAUCACUCAUCCUUCUCGGAGCUGUGCGAGUUUGUGCAGUGGCUGAAACCUUGCUCGGUCAUUCCAAUUUUGAAGGGUGAUGCGAGCCAGGUUUACUUUCAGAAAUACCUGAGUUCUGCUCCCCAGGUGCUUCCUGACCUGGAAAUGCCAAAGCCUGUACAGCAGCAAAACAAAAAGAAGGAGCGGGAACCCCCAUAUUUCUUGAGAAGAUCUGCCCAGCGUCCUGUGCCCCGAGGAGUCAUUUAUGAGUCCCCAGAGAAAUGUACUCAGAAGUCUGAAGAGCUCACAGGUGUUGAGGUUCAUCAGCAGAAUGACUGCAAGUCACCUUCCUGCUCAAAAGAAAAUUGCACUUGUCGCGGAGGCAAGGAGAAGGAAAAGGAGGGCAAGGUUAAGGAAGAGCAGAGUGAAAAACAGCCGGGAGCAGCAGCUAGCGCUGGUAACCCCGCACCUGUUUCUGAUGAUUACUUUCCAACUGGGCUUGCAGGGGAGUAUUUGCUCACUCCCUUAAAUGUCCUAAAGCAGUAUUCCGCACAGAGAUUUGAUGAUCUGGUAGAAGCUUUCUUUCGUAUGGGAGAGGAGUCCUGA